GACCAAUGCUGCAAAGCGAACAAGAACAAUUGACGCAACUUUAUGACCAAGUGGUUGGUAUUCGGAAAGUUGUGCGCUGAAGUCAAAGCUUUCGCGUACGUCGCGCCUCGCAUUUUCGACGUAGCCAAUUCCUUUUCCCGUCGUGGGCUUCCGAGGGUUGCAGCCGGCGAGUUUGGACGGUGCCUGCCAGCUUUAAAACUCGUGCACCCCGGGCUUGCAUCGUGUUGGAACUUUCGUCGACAUGGCCCUCUUUCGGUUACUCCCCAGCCGCACCGUCAUUCAAACUCAGAAAUGCCUCCCAGCACUCUCUGUGUUCUCCAGGAAUAUCUCGGCAGACUCAACGGACCUGAAAGGCCUGAUGGCCAACAAGAUCAAGACAUUCCAGUCUCAGGUCAAGGAGUUCCGGCAGAAAUGCGGCAGCCAGGUCAUCGGAGAGGUCACCAUUGACAUGGUCUACGGUGGCAUGCGAGGCAUCAAGGGCUUGGUGACGGAGACGUCCCACCUGGACCCCGAGGAGGGUAUUGCCUUCCGCGACUACUCGAUCCCACAGAUCCGCAAGCUGCUGCCCAAGGUGCCUGGCGGUGAAGAGCCCCUUCCCGAGGGCCUCUUCUGGCUCCUUCUCACUGGUGAUAUCCCCACACCCGAGCAGGUGAAGUGGGUGUCCAAGACAUGGGCUCAGCAGGCGGACCUUCCCUCGCACGUAGUCACCAUGCUGAACAACUUCCCCUCGCACGUGCACCCCAUGUCCCAGCUGAGCUGCGCCAUCACCGCCUGCAACACCGAGAGCAAGUUUGUGCAGGCUUACAACAAGGGCGUGCCCAAGGCUACCUACUGGGAGCACGCAUUUGACGACACCAUGGCGCUUCUGGCGAAGCUGCCACCAAUUGCGGCCACCAUCUACCGCAACUUGUUCCGUGACGGCAGCAGCAUCGGUGCCAUCGACGUGUCCAAGGACUGGUCGGCCAACUUCACUGCCAUGCUGGGUUACGAUGACCCCAACUUCACCGAGCUGAUGCGCCUCUACCUGACCAUUCACAGUGACCAUGAAGGCGGCAACGUGAGCGCGCACACGACCCACCUUGUGGGCAGCGCCCUAUCCGACCCGUAUCUCUCUCUGGCUGCCGGCAUGAACGGUCUGGCCGGACCUUUGCACGGCCUUGCCAACCAGGAGGUACUGGUGUGGCUGACCAAACUGCAGAAGGAGCUCGGUGGUGAAGUGAGCGAUGAGCAGUUGAAGGAGUUUGUCUGGAAGACCCUCAAGUCUGGACAGGUUGUGCCCGGUUAUGGCCACGCCGUCCUGCGCAAGACAGAUCCGCGCUACACGUGCCAGCGGGAGUUUGCGCUCAAGCACCUGCCGAACGACCCGAUGUUCAAGCUGGUCUCUCAGAUCUACACCGUGGUGCCUCCCAUUCUGCUCGAGCUGGGCAAGGUCAAGAACCCAUGGCCCAACGUAGAUGCACACUCCGGUGUCCUCCUGCAGUACUACGGCAUGAAGGAGAUGUCCUACUACACUGUUCUCUUUGGUGUGUCGCGUGCCCUGGGCGUCCUCUCAUCACUGAUCUGGGACCGUGCUUUGGGGCUGCCUAUCGAGCGACCAAAGUCCCUCACCACCGAGGGUCUCAUGAAGCUGGUCGGAUACAAAUGAACACGAAGCGACGAGGAAACAGCCUUCCACCGUUUUGCUCCCCCCGUCUCCUCCGCCUCCCUAGUGGCAUUGCCAUCCCAUCACCAUGCACCACUGUACUACAACGACUGUGCAUGUUCAUUGCUGUUUUGCGCGUCUUUACCCGCAGCUUUUCUCCGAACAUUUCCUUCACUGUUCUUUAGCGGCCUGUUCAUUUUCCCUCCAGCACUGUCUUUUGUCUGCUGCUUCGUUUUCAUUUUUGUUUGUUUUGUUGAAGAUGCAGAACUUGCGCUAGCGCCGAUCCACCUCAUUGCAACACCUUUGCAGUGUUGACACGAGUGCAAGCGACAAUCUUUGUCAACAUAAUAGUCCUUGCUGAACUGCGACGGGCGAAGUCGGUCUCUCGAGCGGGAGUUCUGGUGCAUUUAGCAAUGUGAGGGCAAACGACCUGCUUCAAACUUGCCCUGUUUUGCAAGGCUUUUUUGAUGACGCUAAAUUACUGAAGUUCAUUAUUAAGAAAUACCGCCAGUAUAUGUCUCUAUGUUAACUAUUCAUAAAUUAGAGAAGUUUGCACAUGCAUCAUGGCAGUGGUGCCUGUUGACGCGUAUAUUUCACAGUAUGAUGGUUCAUGUUGAUAGACUAGUUCGACCUCGGCCCACAAUGGAAUUCUGUACAGUAUUGAUUGUUUUCCUUCCUUUAUCGAAAAGUUAGUUGUUGCCCUUUUCUUUAAUGAUUUUCUGGGAGUCCUGAAGCAUGAGUCUACCCAUCUAUUGUAGCAAUACUUUGGUGGAGUUGAACUUCUCGUAGUGUUUGUAUGUUCGACCUCUUGAGUCAGAAUGAUUGAUACUUUAUUUUUUUUUCUCUGGAAAGCAACAAAAGAUACCAGUAUCGUGUUAAUAAUGAAUUGUGUGGCCUUCUAUGUUUGUUUUUCUUUCUGUGGUUUUGCCAUUGUGCACAGUGAUAAUACUACAUGAAACCCUUGCACGUGCCUCUCCAUGUAAACAAUGGUUGAAACCAAACGUCGUGGCAGCUGGUGACACUCUGGCAGCCAACAUAGUUGCAUGCUGCACAUUUUUGCAAUGAUGAUGUUUCUGGCAGAUGAUUUCACCUCGGCCACACUCGAGAGACGGCCUCUGAGCCACGCGUUUCUUUUUCUUCCCCUCCUCACAAUGUACUAUCUUCAACAUCACAACAUUGUUGCGAGUGUGUGUGUGUAUGUGUGUGCGUGUGUGAACGUGUCAGCAGGUUGCAGUGGUGUCGAAUGGUCAUUGUACUUUAAUCUGCCUGUGUUCUUUCGCAUGAUUUGCUUUCUUCUGGUGGACCUACACUUCAUAGCCGAUGCAAAUCGUCGAAUGCGACUGGCCACGUGCCAUUGUCAGGUGUGCACAUCGUCCGGCGCAUGUUGCAUCGUCUUCUUCGAGCCAAGGGCAGGGCAGAACUUCCAUGAACCGUUCACCUGUCCUUCUUAACAUUGUCGUGCUAGCAGCAAUUCGUGGCCCUUUUUCUUCCUGCUCAAGGGCAGCAGGAUUUUUUUUUUUUUUUUUGCUUUUCAUAAGUACGUACUACAUGCAACUAUGUAAUAGGCGUUGGAGUCUCUCUUGUCACGGGUGGAAAGAUGGGCAUGUUGUUUCCUUUUUCUUGAGCAUAUUGAUCUGUUCCCGAAGACCCAACAUCCAGUGUUGUACUUGUGUAGAGUCCCUUGAAAUCGGCUUGCGAAAACGAGCUGGAAGUUGGGUCUUCCGGUUGAGCAGCUUUUCGUGACACUGCCAGAGGAGUUUGAGGGUCCCAGUGAUUUGUGUGAUGUAUGCGCUCCAGCCCUCUCGUUUAGUGCUGUGGUUGAAAGCACAUGCCGUAUCCCUUGUGUGAAAUAGUGGCAGCCAUUUUGGCAAAGCCCUUCUCGUCGACUGUCACGCCUGGCUGCCAAAUGUUAUUUUUAGAGGCAGUGUAUGUUAUGGCUAAAAAAACUAUGUUAUAUACAGUUGUGAGUGUUUUAACUUAUUUGUAAGCGGUCUAGAUCCUUUUCUUUCCUGUUGCGACACUUCGCCUUUGGAGAUGUGGGAUAAUAGGUUUUUUUUUUGUAUGGUUGUGUAUUCACAUGCAUAGUAUAAAUAGCCCAGCCCUGAAAAUGAGCCAGCAAUACUACCAAGCAAUGAAAGUUAACAAUAGUAGGCCCUCUUAUAAGAGAGCAUAAAACACUGUAAUUAGAAGAAUGCCGUGUAAAUGGAAAGUGAUGCAGUCUAUUCCAUUCAGUGUGAUAUCUGGAAAUAAAUGGUACAGAUAAA